AUGGAGCAUGAAUACUUGGCUGCUUAUCAUGAUGCUUCCGAUGAGCCGACAUCCGAAGUGUUGGAAUUGGAUGAAGGAGUUGAGACGACAAAUAUAGACGAGUGGAGGAGAUUGAUCUGGAACGAGAUCGAGGAUUUCGCGGUGAGUGUCCUGUCUUUGCGUCUUGGAAGUAGCUACUGA